UGGGCCACCGGUGGGAUUUAAUCUGCAUUUUUAUUUUUAUUUAUUUAUUUAUUUUUUACGACCACCACGCUUCGCCCUCAGUCUGCAGCCGGGCUCCUCAGUCACUCCUCCCCUCCGCCUCCCAGUCCGAGUACGUCCUUCAUUAAGGGGAGCAGCCCGUCGCCUCUCGCCGCUGCUCAAACGUGGAGGGUAAGACACGAGGAGGGACGCCCGCCGCUGCGUGAGCGGCUCUAUUGUUAGUUCAGUAAAAUUUACGGCUUCGCCUGCAUAUUUAGUGCAUUUCACGACGUCUUCGUCUCCAGGGCCGAAAGGGAGUGACUGUUUCUGCAGGAGUCCUAAUGAGCGGAGUCGACGUUUGAAAGGACAUAAGAGGAACUGACCACUCAAGACAGGUGUGAGCCCGUAGACGUAGAUAACAGCAGCAAGUUCAGCAGCAUCCACACCUUUUUUGAAGGAGGUAAUGAAACCGGAUGGGGGCAUGGAAACUACAGAGCCCAGUGAAGGUGAAGCAGCUGCUGCUACAGCAGAAUCUUCCUCAUUGCAAGGCAACAUAACUGAGCCAGCCCCAUCACAGGCAGAGGAUGUAGCAAAUGAUGCUGCUUCAGCAGCCAAUUCAAAGGCCAUUGGCAAGCCAGUUGCUGCAGAGUCCAAAGUCAAACCAAAAGCUGGUGGACCUCGAAUGAAGCCCUCAGCUUCUGCAGGGGCUUCCAGCUCACGGCCAGGUAGUGCCUCACAUCGCGUGGCAAAUGAUGUCAAAUCCUCUUCUAGUCUUUCCGCCGCUUUAGGCAAGAAAACUGCAGCAACAACUACAGCAAAAACAUCAUUAGCAGGAGCUGUACCCAAAAGACCAAUGGGUCCAUCAGCAGUUUCCACAAUAGCCAAGAAUCAAACUAGAGUGCCUGACAAGAAGUCUGCUGGACCUACCAGGACUACCUCUGUUGCUGCUGGCACAGUAACAAAUGGUACUAAAUCAUCAUUGAACGGCACACCUAAGAAGAAACCUACAACAGAGACUGUUAAUGGAGCUAAACCCAAAACUACAGCUGCUGCCACCAGCAGAGCUCCUUCCACUACUCCAAAAACCAGUGCUUCAACCACAACUAAAGCUGCCGGUGCUGCUGCAUCAAAAACCACAAGGCCUGCUACAGGUCCCUCAACUUCUCGACCUACAUCUAUCGCUUCCAGGCCUCCCACAGCUACAACCAAGCUCUCUGCCACUCCAACUGCCAAAACUGCUGUUUCCAGAGUUAAUGCAGCACCAUCUACUGGCAGGACCACAGCAGCACAGUCUAAACCACCACCUCCUGCUGCUGCUAAGAAAGAUGUCAGUCGACCACUCUCUACUACAGCAACCAAGAAACCCACAACAGCUGCAGCAUCUGCUGCUACCAAAAAACCUGAACCCUCUAAACCCGUGGCCACCAUAAGGGUAAACACUGCAUCUAAAUCAUCCACGACAAAGGCAGUGGAUUCCAAGGCAUCACAGUCCAAACCAACACAGCCUACGAAACCUGUCCUCACAAAGAAACCUGUAGCUGCCACACGAUUACCUGCCACUAACAAACCACCCCUCAGCCAAACGCCGCCUGCCUCUCCAGCCAAUAAAGCUGCAAAUGGUACACCCUCUAGAACAAAACGUGGACCCAAACCCACUCAAACUGUCCCACCAUUUUCUGCCACCAAGAAGAAAGAAGUUUCAAACACUACUGUAUCUGCUGAAGUAACACAGAGUAACACAGCUGCUGCAAUAGCAGCUGCAGCUGCUGCAACAGUGGCAGCUGUGCUAGCUGAAACACAAGCAGAUGUUACAGUGGCCUUACUGCAAGAACCAUCCCUUGCUGCCUCUGCACCAGAGGAGAUGCCCACCCCAGUUUUGCCUCAGGAGACCACUGCAGAGGUAGUGUCUCAAGAGAUCCUUCGAAGCCAGGAAGCAGCUCCCCCUCCUCCACAGAGCUCUGUCAAGAUGACCUUACCAGAGUCUCCACUCAGAGAACAAGUUGAAAGCAGUGCUCCCUUAACGACGACACAGGAGCAGAGCCCUUUCCCAGCUAUGCCUGCGUUACCUGAGGCCUCAGCUCCAGACCUAUCAGAGCUGAAUGUUCACUUAACUGACCAGAUCCCAUCUACAUCUACAGUCCUUCCAGCAGCAGCAAAUGCCAUCCCUCAGAUAGUAUCUCCAGCCAAUCUAAAUGAGGAGGAAGAUGAAGAGGAAAGGGAGGGAAGCCAGUUGGUUUCUGUGUCUGAAAUGAGUGGAACCACACAGCCCACAGAGGAGUCUCGUCCUGGGUCAGCUGGACCAGUUGGGGGGUCUGCUUGGAGAGCUGGUGGUGCCUUGCUCUCUGAGCUGGACUCUGAGGAAGUGAGCGGCAGCCAGCAGGGUGCAUCUGAACUGAGCGCCCCUGGUGUCCUGGAGGGCACAGAAAGCAUGGAUGAUCUGGGAGAUGGCAGUCUCAAAGGAGCCAUUGACAUGGAAGGAGCCUCAGCAGGUUCUCCUGACUUUGAGAAGGUUCCUGACAUACCAGUCAAUGACUUUGAUGAAGACGAAGAUGACGAGGACGACAAUGAUCGCGUGAUUGACAUGGAUGUGGGCUCUGAGAGGACAGAUGAACCACCAAGACCCAGGCAUGACAAUGAUGUAGAUGAAGAGGAAGAUGAUGAUGUAGAGAUGGCAAGUGAGGGGGUGACAGAAAGUGGGUUAGAAAGCUAUGGAAAUGCAGAUGAGGAUGACUUUGCUGAGGAUGAAAGGCUGGACAACUUGAAUAGGGUAGUACAACCACCACCUCCCCCUCCUCUGCUGCCUGCUGCGCCAGCUGCUCAGUGGGACCAACUAAACCCCUUUGCAGAUCCCUGGGCAGAAACUCUACAACAACAUCAGGUUCUUGAGCCUGAGCUGAUAGGAGCAGCUGCAGCAAGCCCUUUAGCAGACCCUUUGCGAGCAGACUCUGAGACCCCAACUCAGACCCCAGCCCAAGCCUGGCUAGAACUAGGAGCUGCCCCUUUUGUUCCUGAAAACCUUGAGGUUCCCCAUCAUUCUAUCAAAGAUGAUCCACAAAAUCUAAAGGACCAAAUGUACAUUGAUCAGAACAGCACAGCUCCAAUACAGAUUGUGCCCCUAGCCCCCAUCUCUGCCCCAGGAAUGUCUCUGUCAAGCACAGUGAGUAGUGAGACCAGCACACCUGAGGAACUGGGGGACUACAGUCGAGACAGAAAGCUCCAGCCUCAAAGUUCACAAACCCCAGUGCUUUCUCCACAACCUGACCUGGAGAGAGGAGAUGAUGUUGGAGAGGAGGAGACUGAGCCAGAGACCCUGCCUGCUGAUGAAAUCCUGGGAGGGCCUGCAACUGCCCCUACUUCCAAUCCCUCCUCAUCCUCAGUAACAGAAGAUGAGGCCAGUGACACAGAAGGAGAAGCUCAGCUGGAAGAUUCCUUGGAUAGUCCAGUAGUUUCCAACAUAACCUUUGACAGCCAGCCCUCAGCCCAGCGCGGCCUGUCCACUGUGGAGGAAGGAGAGGAGGCUGAGACAGAAACAGAGGGCCGUGCAGGGGAAGACACCACUCCACCCUCGGCUACUUCACUGGCAUCAUAUGGCUUUGACACCAUUACCACAGCUUCAAACUCCAACGCUCAGUCCGCGGGGGAGAACUGCAUCAAAAGUCCUGGUAUCUUCUCCUUAGAGGAGCUGCCCGAGGAAGCUAAGGAGCUUUGUUUGAUCCCACAGCCAUGUCUCGCAGAGCAGCAGUACAUAGAGUGUGGGAAGCAGGAAGCUGAGUCAGCUGAGCAUGUCGGGGGGGACGUCCUGGGGUCAGAGGAUGCCCCAGAUCGUUCAUCCACUCAGAUCACUUUACAGCAACCAGAGGAAAACCCAGAUGAUGCUCAGCCACCCUACUAUUCUGCUAUGUGUGAUAAAACUGAGGACUCUUUUGCAGGCUUCACUGCACUACCGCACCCUCACCGCCGCGGUCACACAGCAUACCCCAGGGCCUACUGUGACGUUAUCAAACCUCACGGUGCUGCUGUCACCCCAGCAAAGCUGACCUGUGCUGACCUCCCUCCCAGGAGCCUCGGGCAGCAGGCGCUGAGCCCUCAGCUCCGUAGACUUGAGCAACAUCAGAGACAGCUGCUGGAGCUGCAGCAACGUAGGGAGCAACAGAACAAACCGCUGGAGGAGGCGGAGCAGGAGAGGAAGAGGAGGCAAGAAGAAGAGCAGAGAAGGAAGAAAGAGGAGGCCGAAGAAGAAAUAAAGCGAAAUAAAGAGGAGGAGGAUAGGAAGAAAAAGGAGCAGGCAGAGGCUGCAAAGAAAGAAGAAGAGGAGCUUAAGCAGAGGAGAGACCUUGAGUUGCAGCUGCAGCAACAACAAGAGGAGCUGAAGCAAAGACAGCAAAUCAUGCAGUGGCAGCAAGAGCUACAGCAGUCUAAUAAAGGUCAGACGGUGCUGCUGUCCCCAUCUUCUGGCCUCUGCACCAUCUAUGAAGCCCUGGAGAACAGUGAUGAAGAGGGGGCUGAAGGUGAGGAAGGAAUAAAUGAACUAAAACCCAAUAAACAGAAGAAACUGAAGCAUGAUGCACUACAUCAAGAGGACCUUCUCAAUCCCUUGCAGGAUGGAGACCGUUCCUCCCCUUCCAAGUCUCCUGAGCAACCUCUACCCUUGGACCUGGACUGGGGGAAGAAAGUGGAUAUAGUCCAGCAGCUGAUCAAUCAGACCCUGCUGCUGAAUGGAGAUAGCUGCUCCUCCUUGCUGCUGCUGCCAGGAGGUGCAGGAGGCACACUGAGCCCCCUGGAGAGCAGCCUGUGGCCCAGUCUGCUGCCUUCACUCGCUCCUUCCUCUGCCACAGUCACCUCUGUGAGUAGUUUCUCUCCUGAGGCCACGGGGAGUUCCCCACAGGGAGAGUGGACAGUGGUAGAGCUAGAGACUCAUCACUGAAGGACUGAUCGCACACUGUAGCAGCACUCAUACAGGGAACAUGACACAAGUGCAGUCUAUACACACACCAAAAACAGGGUUUUGAAGAAUACACUGAAAAACUCUUUUACUUCUGGAGAAGAGCUGUAUGGAUUAAAGUAUUUGGGCUGGGCAUCAUGUUGACAGUGAUUAACAUAAUCUGUUAAGGGACAUAAAUUAGAUCACUCUGAAAAUCAGUGUAUGAUGGGAUUACAAAGGCAAGCUGUAUUCCUCUGCCCAGACCCAUAAAUGUGGUGCUGUAGAUCAGUGGUUCCCAACCAACAAAGGGUCACAAUGAGUCUGAGGGUAGAAAAUUACUUAGUUCCACACACUACUUGCUUUUAGUCUUUAAAUCUUUGCUUGUUUUUCUUCCAAACUACUGAGUACAUCUACUUAUUGGGGGCUUUAAAAGCACCCAGACGCAGAGCUGUGACAGGUCUUGUUUUUUUUUUUUUUUUUAGAGGUUACAACUCCAAAAGGUUUGGAACCACUGAGUUCAUUUCAGAAUUUUUCUUCCCGUACUGUGAAAACAAGCACAAAGAAAACAGUUACUGUUUGGUGGUGCUACAGUUGAAUUAUUGGCUGGUUCUCCAAGCACAAUGUUUAUUAAUGCAAAAGUCAAAGUUAGUGGUGUUUCUUGCUCUUAAGCAAGACUCUCAGGCAGUGCUGAACACAGCAAAGUAAGCCGAUUGCACUGAAGAAGGUAAAACUUGUAUGUAGACUAAGGUGCCUCUAAAAUGGUGUUUCAGUGCACAUAGGGAAAAUGGCGAUUUCAAACAGAAUAAAGAGAACUGUUUCAAUAGCAUCAAGCACCAUAUGCUUGGUUGUAUUCUUAGGCUUAUCUUGACAUUUCUGAAUGAGAAGAGGGAUAAAAUUUGACCCGAGCCAAUAUUAGCAAUUCGCCAAUAUAUUGCUAUCAGCAUUUAUAAUGGCUGAUAAAUUAAACUUUAAAAAACAACAAAAAAACAAAAGUAACGUUGCAUAGUUCAUCCACCAGACUCUGCAACUUCACUGGUGGCAACACAUUUGGAACGCCACAACCAGCAACCACCUGAUCGGAGCAGUCAGUGUAAACAAAAUCAUUUUUAAACAGCACUGUCACAUUAUCUUAGUAAGAAUUCACAAAUAACUACACAUAACAAAUUUUAGGGAAAUCUGUUUAUGUCUGAAAGGGAAAAAAACAAAAUUGGUUGACAAAUUUUUUAAUUGCCAUCAUCUAUAUCAGACAUAAAUAUCCUAAAUUGGUUGGGCUUUAGUUCAACUCUGUUAUCCCCAAACUUAACGUGCAGAUGAUAUUAUCCAAACCCUACCUUAGUUCUGUAUUUUUAUGCUUUGAUGUGCUGGAAUCUGCACACAAAAUCAAACUAGUCUGAAGAACAGGACCUGAGUGUCUUCACUGCUGUAGCUGUAACACUGCCUGAGAGUCUUUACUCAGGCCCUGAAAGCCUCUCAUGCUGCUUAAGAAGAACCCAAGCUUCAUCUCUGCUGAUGAAAUUCAAGUAGACAAGCACAACCUGACACCACAUACUGAAACUCAGCACCUCUCACUACUUGCAUGACAACACCAACUUUACUGACUAGAAUAUUACAUUUCACACACCUGAAACCAUGCGAUUACUGACACUCGGUCAGUCACAGUGGUGCAUCAUGGGAGUCUAACUGAAUAUUUUUGCUAAAUCUGUGUUGCAUGUGACCACACACACACACACACAUAUACACACACUCACACUCACUCUGAUGGUGCCAAACAGCCACUAUUGAUCCUGGUAAGGUAAACUGUUCUUCACUUGAACGUUUUUUUUUUUAUUGAAGCCAUACCUGUUUGUACGUGUUUACAUGCAUCCUCAUCACUUCAGUUAAAAGUUGAAACACACUGGAGAUAAGUGGCAUUCUGAGAUUGCACUUAAUUGAAUUCCUUAUAGUAUUUACAUUUUGUACCAGUUCAAAUUUGGUGAUUUGAGGCCUAAACAUCCCUGUUAUCUUUUUUUUUUUUUUUUUUUUUUUUUUUUAAGGUAAUUUAUUAAAAACUGAGGUCAAAGAAAUCAGAUUAGAAAUGAAGGAGCUGUUUGGGUCUCAGUUCCUCACCAAAGGUCAGUAUGAUGUGUAACCUGUUUCCUUUUGAAACACUGGAAUCAGGAACUAAUCAGGUUUUAGUAAGGACAUUUUAUUAUUGUGUUUAGGACACACCAAACUGGUUAGUGUUUAAAUACUUCUGGAGGAUUUGUAGCCCCACCUUGCAUUUAAAUGGUCUUCCUUAGGUUCUCAUACUUGCCUUGCUUUAGUGACCGACUGCAUGAUAAAAGGCCUACUACACCGGACAUGUCAGAUGGGCAGAUUCCAAACAACCAAUAGCUCUGGGUUUAACCGUUACUGCUGUGAAGGUCUGGAAGAUGUUUAAAGGGACUGAAUGGUGUGUGUGGGGGGUCUAUAUCAGUUUAUUAUGGGUAUUAAUUGUUUAAACUUGUUAGCUGCAGUAUGAGUGCGUCGUAAUAUCUGUGCCGUAUGUUGUCAGUGUGCUGUGUGUAUGCUGUGUGUUUGUCAGUCACUGGUUUGGGGGGGGAUUUUUUUCUUCUGGUUGUGAAUCUAAACAGGGUUCAGAAAUCUGACACUUUUUCCCCUCAUGUCCUCUUGAGUCUCUCUGGUUUUCAUCAGUUCUUGGCUUGCUGCCUCCUCCUUCCCUCUGCUGAUCAAUGGAAGAAAGACUGAAUUGUGUUUGAUAACAGAAUUCAAAGCAGGGACCCGAAUAUUAAGCUGCAGGCUGAGACUUGGCAUCCAGUACUUCUGCCCUUUUCCCACGAUUGGCUCCAGCAGAGAGUACCCUUUGCAAUUAGUGUCUAGCUUGUCCACAUGUUGGAGUAUUCUAAGUUUGCAUUCCUAUAGCUCCAGGCAGGACAUGCGAUGCUCCUGGCAUUUUUUUUUUUUUUUUUUUUAAUGUCCUUGGUGUGUUUUGCAAGUAUUUGCGGGUAUAUCAUUAAGACUGAUCACUGUAAUGAAGGAUAACUCCACUUUACUUUUGUACUUCAGAGUUUUAGAGAUAUAGUAGCAGUUCAAGAGUUCUAUUUAGAUUUUUAUUGAAUAGAGAAUGAAAGCUGUUGAGUGUAAAUGGUAGAUUAUAUUCUUUGUAAGUAAAUUGCCUUUGUUUAUGUUCAACCAACAGAACUAAUGAGCUGAAUGGUUACAAGGUCAAACUGAACACAUUUCAUUAGUUACUUAGGCUCAGAGUCGUUUGGUCUCUCAUGUGCUUGGUAAUUUACUGAAAAUGAGACUUGUGUGUGCUCCUUUAAAUGUCUUCACGAACCCGGUGAAAUGAACUGAGUCGGGCAGUCUCAGUCGAGGCCCUAACGGUGGCAGCUUGUUCUAAAAUGUAACGUCUCCCUGUUCAUUUCUGUAGACAAAUCUGUGAUUGUGUGUAAUUAUUACAAUGCAAUGUUUUGUGUAAAUAAAAUGUUUUUUUAAUGACA